UGCAACAAUGUCACAACAAUUACCCUGAAUGCCACGAUGACGGGAUUGAUCUGCGGUUGCCUGCUUUAUUAUGCCUGGCGGCUCAGGGGACAGCUUGGAGAUGACUCUCAGCGUGCCUAUAUCUAUGCGAUCAGUAUUAUUGUAGAGUCUGCACUUCCAUACACUGUGCGUGGGGUCAUCUUCCUAGUGACAUAU